AUGGAAAACCACACGGUGACGGAUCAUUUCGCCCAAGUGCUGUCCGAGCUGGACGGGACCGGCACCGGGACUGAGGGGGACGAGGAGGGAAGCGGAGGAAACGGGCUGCGUGCGCUCGUCGGAUGCGUGCUCUUCCUCCUCAUCGUCUCCACGCUCCUCGGCAACACGCUGGUGUGCGCCGCCGUGGUGAAAUUCAGGCACCUCCGAUCCAAAGUCACCAACUUUUUCGUCAUCUCCCUGGCGGUGUCCGACCUCUUCGUGGCGGUGCUGGUGAUGCCGUGGAAGGCUAUCUCAGAGGUGACUGGGACGUGGCUCUUCGGCCGGUUCUGCGGCACCUGGAUAGCUUUCGACAUCAUGUGCUCCACGGCGUCUAUACUCAACCUCUGCAUCAUAAGCGUGGACAGGUACUGGGCCAUCGCCAGCCCUUUUAAAUACGAGCUGAAAAUGACCCACCGAGUGGCGUUUAUCAUGAUCGGAGUGGCGUGGACGCUGUCCAUCCUCAUCUCGUUCAUUCCCGUCCAGCUGAACUGGCACAAAGCCGGCGAGGAGGGCGAGGCGUCGGCGCUUGGCGCCGCCGGCAACUUCACCACUACCAACCACACCGAGAGUUGUGUCGCCAACCUAAACAAAACCUACGCCAUCUCUUCCAGUCUCAUCAGCUUCUACAUCCCUGUCGUCAUCAUGAUAGCCACGUACACCAGAAUCUACCGUAUCGCCCAAACCCAGAUCCGCCGGAUCACGUCCCUGGAGAGGGCGGUGGAGCAUGCGCAGAAUCACCACCAGCAACGAAGCAGCGACUGUGGCGCCCAAGAAAACUCUCUGAAAACGUCUUUCAAAAAGGAAACCAAAGUCCUGAAGACUCUCUCAAUAAUAAUGGGGGUGUUCGUGUUCUGCUGGCUACCCUUUUUCGUCCUGAACUGCAUGGUUCCCUUCUGUGACCCGCCGUGCGUCAGCGACACCACUUUCACCAUUUUUGUCUGGUUCGGCUGGGCCAAUUCCUCACUCAACCCCGUGAUUUACGCGUUUAACGCGGAUUUCAGAAGGGCUUUCACUACCAUUCUGGGCUGCAACAAAAUCUGCUCCAGCAACACGGUGGAAGCCAUCAACUUCAGCAACGAGCUUGUGUCCUACCACCACGACACCACGCUCCAGAAGGACGCGCACGGCCUGGUUGCCGCGCAACAGCAUCCGCGAGCGCUCUCCAGUUCCGGGGAGGACGCCGGCGCGCCUUGCGACAAGGUGUCGCUCGUGUCCGACGCCUCCCGGAGCCACCGGCGCGUCCUACUGCCCGCCACCGUCCGGCUUGAGUGCGACGGAGAAAUCUGUGCGGAGACCACCACACCGCUGACUUCGGCCGGGGCGCUGGACUGCGACGCAAUACCAGGACAAGUACCGGAAUAG